AUGUCUGUGGUCAACGGUAAUGCUGAUCCAAAAACACCACCCGCAUCUGCCUCCCACACGAUACCCCAUGUAAUUGGAAUCAACUUUGGCAACGCUUUUGCGUCCAUCGCAAUCCUCUCUGGAAAAGAAAAAGGCCUCCAACCGGAAUGCAUUGCAAACGAAGACGGCGAACGUCAGAUUGCUUGCGCUGUCUCAUUUCAUGGAGAGCAGGUCUACAUUGGAAAUGAAGCACUGAAUCAGCUCGUAAAAAACCCAAAAAACACGAUCAUGGGUUUUAGGAACAUUCUAGGAAAAAAGCUCGCUGAAAUUCCGAGUCCACCCAUGGGUGCCCCGCUAGUUCCCGAUCUCAGUGAUCCUUCAUCUCCCUCAUACUCUCUAACCGUCCUCGCCCCUUCUCCUGCCCCCCUUCCGACUUCUGCAAAAACAACUGCUGCGUCCUCUGCCGCACCCUCUGCUGCAGUUACGCCCAGCCCUACUCCACUCACCUCUGAUCCUACUCCCAUCCAAAUCACGCAUACUCCAAAGUCGAUAACCGCUUUAUUCCUUCGAUCCCUCCUCCAGUCUGCAGCCGAUUUCUUGGGUUUUGCUCCUUCCGGAUUUGUUCUCACUUGUCCUCCCCACUUUACUUCUGCUCAAAAGGAAGCGUUGCGUGCUGCAGCACAGGACGCAGGGCGCAAUCCUGACAGUGGUGAGGUUCAAACAAGGCUAUUGCAGCUUUUGGAAGAACCGUCAGCGGUCGCUAGCGUGACGACGUCUGAUGCUUGGGCUGCGGUCGAAACCAUUAGCGAAGUUCAGGAUGAAACUACGGAAGGGAGAUUGAGAGCGGAUAGAACUCAGCUUGCCAUUGACGUUGGAUCUUCUAGCACUUCUGUUCAUCUCCUCACUAUCCGUUCCGGCCUCGCCCAUAUUGUCAACUCAAACACACGUACAGACCUUGGCGGCGACUCGAUCGACAGCUUACUUGUUUCCCAUUUUGCGAAGGAGUUCACGAAAAAGAAUGGUAUCGCCUUCCCUGCAGCACCGAAACCUGCAGAUAAUAUCGAUAACAAAGAGACGCAACUGGCGCACCGCGCGUAUGCGAAGCUGUUUCUCGCGCUCCCUCAUUUGAAACGUACUUUGGCCGCGUCGUCAACUCCGGCUACUCUCAGCGUCGAAUCCCUUCACGGAGGUAUCGACUUCACUUCCUCACUUACCAGGCUUCGGUUUGACAUGCUUGCAAAACCUGUAUAUCAGUCCGUGGCGGAUCUGGUUUCGGAAGUUCUACAGGCGAGCUCAACUGAUCCGUUCCUCGUCGACGAGAUCAUCUACACCGGUUCCACUGCCUCCCUUCCGGGGUUGGAUUCUCAUAUUCUUUUUGCUUGCGGCUUAAGGGAAGAUGUGGUCUCGCCAUUUGCAGCAAACACGGUUGUUGGAGGUGGUAUUGGUGAUCCCAGUACUUUACUCGCCAGAGGUUGCGCAGUCCAGGCAGGCGUCAUAUCUUCGACGCAGGGAUUAGAAGACGAACCUUCCAAGCGGGUAAUCAAUGAGGAGGGUGUCGAAACAAAAGUCACCUCCAAGGCGUUGGGCUUGCUGUUCCCUUCGGAAGACGACGAGGAUCAGCAGAGAGGGACAUUUGUGACUCUUGUGCCGGCCGCGACUCCCUUACCAGCAAGGCGAUCUGCAUCAAUACGGAUCCCUUUCCCCUCAACCGCAUCCGAAAAGGAACGCGUCGCAUUUGAGGUAUGGGAGGCCACUACUGGGGUGCGAAUUGAAAGAAUUAAACCACCAAAUGUCGUCUACUCCGAUGAUGAAGACGGUGGAGGGGAUGGGCAUGAAGAGGAGGAAGAGGAGGAAGAAGUUAAGCACCAUUCUGUCACUCGGGAAACCUUGUUAGGUGCCACUGAGUUGAUGGCUAAUAUUCCCUCCAAAAAUCCCAAGGUUGUCUUGUUAGAAGUGAAUUUAUCGGUCACGAUAGGGGGGAGUGUCCGGGUGCUUGUUAAUCAGGCUGGUGGUAGUGAGGUAGUUCUUGACCUUUAG